AAUAGAUGCAUGUGGUUCGAACCCUGCAGCAGAAACUUCAAUACAUCUUCUCCAUUUGUAAUACAAGUUUAGAUCGCAGCUUCUCUUAUCGCCUGCAGCUCAAGCUCUCUCAACAUCACAGCUCCUCGCUCAGCAGCAACCAGCUUCCCUCCAAGCUGCCACCACACCAACCUCCAAGAUGUCUCAGUCCCACGCCUUGUCCGACGAUCAAGUCGGACAAGAGCUCAAGAAAAUGACCGCCUUCAUCAAGCAAGAAGCCAUGGAAAAGGGCCGCGAAAUCGAACUCAAAGCCGACGAAGAAUUCAACAUCGAGAAAUCGAAGCUCGUCCGCCAAGAAACCCAAUCCAUCGACACCACCUACGAGAAGAAAUUCAAGCAGGCCCAGAUGUCUCAGCAGAUCACUCGCUCUACCGUCUCCAACAAGACGCGGCUCAAGGUGCUGAGCGCGCGCCAGGAGCUCCUGGACGGCAUCUUCGAGGCGGCGGAGAAGAAGCUGGGGGAGGCGACGAAGGAUAAGGCGAAGUAUGAGGGGAUUCUGAAGAAUCUGGCGUUGGAGGGCUUUUAUGCUUUGAAUGAGGGGAAGGUGCAGGUUCGUGCGAGGAAGGCGGAUUUUGAGGUCGUGAAGAAGGCGAUUAAGAAGGCUUGUGAGGAGUAUACGAAGAAUCUGAAGAAGGAUAUUGAGGCGAGUGUUGAUGAGGAGCAUCCGCUGCCUGAGGGAAGUUCUGGUGGUCUCUCUAUUGUUGGGGGUGGUGGAAAGAUUGAUAUCAACAAUACUUUCGAGGAGAGAUUGAAGCUGUUGCAAGACACUGCUCUGCCAGCGGUACGAACAACCCUCUUCGGCAAGAACGAGAACCGAAAGUUCUAUGAUUAAGUGGGACAUCUAUUGGGCAUUGGGAGCUUGUGGCAUGAAAGGACAUUGGGUUGCUGAGCAUGGGUUUGCUGCACAUUGUUUGACGGUUUCACUAGAGAUUGUAGAAAGUGUAUGAUAAAAUGAACUUUUCCAUAAGCUUCAUUUGGAAGCUUCACUUCUAUAAUUACUGGUCUACAUCUACAAGUCUGGGGUAUCUUCCUGAAUAUAUUUAUUUCGCUUUUGAGCCAUUAG